UUUCACACGUUUACAUCAUAAUAAAGUGUUGGGUUUCCUUCUCUGAAAGAGUUGGUGGUUGUUGAACAUAUGCUUGCAAUUUCAACUUUCUCCAUAAUGUACUUGAGUAUAUAACUAUCAUUGUUUGUACGUCCUCAUUUUAUGCAUAGAAUACUCUCUGGGAUACCCAGAUCUCAGUUUUCUUCAGCUCUUCCAUUCAAAACCCAGGAAAUUAGUUAUGGCUCAACCUACAAACCUCACGAGAAUAGGCCUAGCUGGUCUGGCUGUGAUGGGCCAAAACCUUGCUCUCAACAUAGCUGAGAAGGGUUUUCCCAUCUCUGUUUACAACAGGACCACAUCCAAGGUUGAUGAAACAGUAGAAAGAGCAGAAAAAGAAGGAAAACUUCCUGUGUAUGGUUACCAUGAACCUAAGUCCUUUGUCCAAUCCAUUCAAAAACCAAGGGUCAUAAUCAUGCUUGUUAAGGCAGGGGCACCAGUGGACCAAACCAUCAAGACCCUCUCAGCAUACUUGGAAAAGGGUGAUUGUAUCAUUGAUGGUGGCAACGAGUGGUAUGAGAACACUGAGAGAAGAGAGAAAGCUAUGUCUGAAUUGGGUCUACUCUACCUUGGAAUGGGAGUUUCAGGUGGUGAGGAGGGUGCAAGACAUGGUCCCUCUUUGAUGCCCGGUGGUUCAUUUGAGGCUUAUAAAAACAUAGAAGACAUUCUGCUCAAGGUGGCUGCUCAAGUGCCUGAUAGUGGUCCUUGUGUGACUUACAUUGGCCAAGGUGGAUCAGGAAAUUUUGUGAAAAUGGUCCACAAAGGAAUCGAGUAUGGUGACAUGCAACUCAUUGCUGAGGCUUAUGAUGUGCUGAAGACAAUUGGGAAGCUGUCAAAUGAGGAGCUACAAAGUGUGUUCUCAGAGUGGAACAAAGGGGAACUCCUGAGUUUCCUCAUUGAGAUCACAGCAGACAUAUUUGGAAUCAAGGAUGACAAAAGAGAAGGGUAUUUGGUUGACAAGGUUCUGGACAAAACUGGCAUGAAGGGUACUGGCAAAUGGACUGUGCAACAAGCUGCUGAGCUAUCCAUUGCUGCUCCCACAAUAGAGGCUUCUUUGGAUGCAAGGUUCCUCAGUGGAUUGAAAGAGGAGAGAGUUGAAGCUGCAAAGGUGUUCAAGUCAAGUGGCUUAGAUAGCAUCUUGAAUGACCAACACCAACACCAACCUGUUGACAAGAAGAAGCUCGUUGAUGAUGUUAGGAAGGCUCUUUAUGCUGCAAAAAUCUGUAGUUAUGCACAGGGAAUGAAUCUGAUAAGGGCAAAGAGCAUUGAGAAGGGUUGGGACUUGAAGUUGGGGGAACUUGCAAGGAUUUGGAAGGGUGGUUGCAUCAUAAGAGCCAUAUUUUUGGACAGAAUCAAGAAAGCAUAUGAUAGAAAUCCUAAACUUGCAAAUCUUCUUGUGGAUCCAGAAUUUGCCAAGGAAAUAGUUGAUAGACAAUCUGGAUGGAGAAGAGUGGUGUGUCUAGCUGUCAACUAUGGCAUUAGCACCCCAGGCAUGGCUGCUAGUCUUGCUUAUUUUGACACAUAUAGAAGGGAAAGUGUACCAGCAAAUUUGGUUCAGGCUCAGAGAGACUACUUUGGUGCUCAUACAUAUGAGAGGAUAGACAUGGAGGGAUCUUUCCACACUGAGUGGUUCAAGAUUGCCAAACAGUCAAGGGUUUAGAUUAAUGCGUUUCAAAAAUUCAUCAAUGAAUAAAUGUAAUGUUUUCUGCUCAGCACUGUCUGCUAAACAAAAGCUUACAUAAUUGCAAUGUGGUGAACUUCAAUUUCAUUGUUUUA